UAUAAUCAUCUCUAUGAUUGCCUCUAGGGCAUAUUUCCUACACUACCUUUCUUAUCAUUCGCCACCAAAAAGUAGCAAGUAUCGAGCAAAACACGAAGCAGACGAACUCAAGAUGAGCAGCGUAUCCUUUGAUCAGUAGCCCCGAGUUUGAUUAUGGAGCAAGUGUAGUUGAAAUGCUGAGCAAAAGUCAGAUGGUUCGUCCACUUUUUGAUUAGGUCAGAUCAUGUCUUGAGAUUUAAUUUUUUAAAUCAAGGAUUGGGUGAGCUGCUCCAAAAGCGUAGAUGGCGAUACAUACUUGUAAUUUAUGGCUGUUGGGAAGUCCAGAUUCCGUGGAAAACAAAACUUACAUUCUCCAUCAGAGAACAGAUUAUUAUACAAAACCACAACAUUGGGAUCAAAUUAUUCUUGACCAUAUAUAUAUUCUUGUAAGCAUAUAAUAUAAGAUUAUCAAAGGAUAGCUACGGAUCUAGUAUUAGCAUAGUUUGCGUUUUGAAUUUUGAAAAAUAGAAGGGCCAAAAUCACUAGCAUAUAAUUAUCUAGCUCCUUAAUGAUCAUUUAGCUCGGUUAUAUGAAACAUAGCUUGCAUACUUUUUAUAAAAUAAUUUUUUUCGCCAUAGCUUAAAAUCCUCUCCUUUCCAAAGUGCAGGACUGCAGGGUGCAGUUUCGAAAAUACGUUUUAGCUACUGACUUGCCUUAUAUGUCACAUUGCCCAUGACAAUAAAGUCAUGAUACUGGGGAAUUAAUUUUUAAACAUAGAUCCAAUCAUACUGGUACUUGUCAAAAGAUCCAGAGAUUGUUUAAGAUAAAUGUUUGUCAAAGAUCAUAAGCAUACAAGGAGAAAUGUAGCGAAAAGAGGAAAUAAAAACUCUUGUGACGGGGAAGUAAUUAACAAACAGCUGAACAGUGUGUUGUGCAAGAGAGCAGGAACGUACUGAGGGUCACUGUAGAUGUGCCGGGAGCAGGGGAGGUCAACUUCCACUGUACCCAUCUGGACCACCUCGACGAGAGCUUGAGGAUGAAGCAGGUCAACUCCAUACUGCGAUCUGCCGACGGCCACCACAUCCUCGCCGGCGGCCUGAACACACUCGACCCCACGGACUACUCCGCCGACCGCUGGGCCGACAUUGUUAAGUUCUACGAGGAGAUCGGCAAGCCGACGCCCAAGACGGAGGUGAUGAGGUACCUGAAGGCGAAGCGCUACGUCGACGCCAAGGACUUCGCCGGAGAGUGUGAGGCCGUGGUGGUGGUGGCCAAAGGCCAAGAUGUGCAGGGGACGUGCAAGUACGGCACGAGGGUCGACUACAUCCUGGCGUCGCCCAACUCUCCCUACAAGUUCGUUCCCGGGUCGUACGCCGUCGUGUCCUCGAAAGGGACGUCAGAUCAUCACAUCGUCAAGGCGGACCUAACCGUCGCCGCCGGCAGUGACGGUCCGCGCAGCUUCCGGAGGCAGAGGGUGGUGAGGAUGGGCAAGGGCUCGACGACCAAGGGGAUAUGGGCAGCUAGAUAGCCCGGGUUUCUUGGUGAUUCACUGAUUCUGUCAAUGAACUUGUGCAAAUUUUUUGUUUUUGUUUUACUUCUAUUUUAUUGUUAUAAGGUCCUCAUGUUUUGUAUAAAUCGAUAUGAUUUUAGUGAGAAGAUAGGUUUUGAAUCCGAGGAUAUAGAACCUUUUUAUUGAAGUAGAGCUGGGGCGCAAUCUGAUCGACGCAUCCCAAACUGUGGUGAAUUGUAACCAGAUUGCAUUAAAACUACACCAAUAUAUAGCAUCA